AGUAAACAAACUCCACGUGCAUUUCUGUUGUAAACAGCUCGGCUCAGCUCCGCUCAGUUGGAGUUCGCUUGGAAAACAGGUUGAUGGCUAUGUGAAAAUAUUUUGUAUUGUAAUUUAUUAGAAAAUGUCACGUAUAAUCAUUAAAAACAUCCCGAAUGGGAUCACAGAGUCUAAACUGAAAGACCAUUUCAGCCAAUGCGGAAUCGUAACUGACAUCCAGUUAAAGUAUACUCCAGAGGGAAAAUUCAGAAACUUUGGCUUUAUCGGGUAUGAAACGGAAGAGCAUGCAUCGAAAGCAAUUAGUCACUUCAAUAACACCUUCUUGAGAACUUCCAAGAUAAGUGUGGCCCCGUGUGCUGCUCUGAAUGAGGGUAAAGAUUUCAAGGUUUGGAGUAAGUACAGCAAAAGCAAACAAGAUUCCAAGGAUGUAACGAGACUAUUGGAAGAAAAAGCUACAAAAGGGAAAAAAGGGGAAACUGCUGAGGAUAUUUUGAAGAAACACAAGAAUGAUCCGCUUUUCAAGGAGUUCGUCAAAGUUCAGAAUAAGGCCGGUACUGCCAUUUGGAACAAUCAGAUGCAGCAGAGUGCCAGUGAAGAUUCCGAUGAUGAUGAGGAGCAAGAACAUGAAGUGGAAAAGUCUUCUGUUUUGGAAAGCCAGAGUGAAACCAAAAAGAAGGAAUUGAAAAUUUCUAAUCUUUUUGUAGCAAAAAUACACAACAUCCCUUCCAAAACCAAGCGCCAGGACUUGCUUCGAUUCUUCAAGCCGGUAAAACCGUACUCUAUCAGAAUACCGCCAAAGCAGAAAGGAUUCGCUUACGUGGGGUACAAAACUGAAGCGGAACUGAAAAAAGCGCUACUUAAAGACAAGAGCUUUUUGGGUGGAAAGCAAGUCAAAGUGGUUGACUUCACCGCCAAAGAUCGGCUGCGGUCAGAAGAAGAGAAAGCGAAUAAAAAGGAAAACCCAAAAUGGAUCAGACAAAAGGAAUCGGUAUGCAGUGAGAGUAUAGUGGAAACAGGAAAACUGUUCUUCAGAAACUUGGCCUACUCGGUCAAGGAGGACGAUUUGAAACAACUGUUCGAGAAGUAUGGUCCAGUGGCUGAUAUUGACUUGCCAAUCGAUUCCAAUACGAGAAAAUUGAAGGGCUUCGGUACUGUUACAUUCCUCAUGCCUGAGCACGCUGUCCAGGCGUACAGUGAGUUGAAUGGUACAUUUUUUCAAGGACGCAUGUUUCACCUUCUCCCUGCUAAAGCUGAUGAAACCAAACAAGAUGAGGAAGAGGACGAAUCCGGAUUAAAUUACAAGCAGAAGAAGGAAUUAAAACUCAAGAAAACUGCUCAAUCUGCACAUAACUGGAAUACGCUGUUUAUGGGAGAGAAUGCUAUUGCUGAAGUAGUUGCCAAGAAGUACGGAAAAACAAAAGAGGAGGUGUUGAACACUGAGGGGGGAUCGACCAGUGCUGCUGUUCGGUUAGCUUUAGGCGAAACCGAAAUCGUUUCCGAGAUGCGGCAGUUCCUAUUGGAUAACGGUGUUUAUUUAGACGCGUUCAAUGGAGUACCCAAGGCAAGGUCCAACUCGACCAUACUAGCAAAGAAUCUACCCGCUGGUACGGAAAUCAAUGAACUGAAAGAGCGUUUCGACAAAUUUGGUUUGUUAGGCCGAGUAGUGCUGCCACCAAGUGGCGUGUCAGCGGUUAUUGAAUACUUGGAUCCCAGUGAGGCUAAGAAAGCCUUCAAAAAGUUAGCAUACUCUCGUUUCAAGUCGCUUCCUCUUUACCUCGAGUGGGCUCCGGAUAAUAUAUUCAAUAAGACAUCAGAGAAAUCUACCAAUGAGGAUAAUGCUGCUGAGAAUACGAGAAUGAAAAAGAUUGAAACUCCCAAAAAUCACAAACAAGAAAAGAAUACCGAAUCUAAGUCGGAGCAAGACGAACCUGAGACCGCCGCGGAAAAUGCGAACACCGACUUCCCGCCAGAAGAAGGUACAACGUUAUUCAUUAAAAACCUAAGCUUUCGAACCAAUGAGGAUAGUAUUCGUGAAACAUUUAAAAAUAUCGGUCUGAUCCAUUCUGUGCAAGUAGUGCGCAGAACAGAUGGUGGCAAGAGCGAAAGUCGAGGAUAUGGAUUUAUUCAGUUCAAAUUUCGAAAAUCGGCGGAUGCGGCUUUAAAGAACUUGCACUCAGUUAGCAUUGAUGGCCGAAAUGUAGAACUUUCACGAAGCGAUAGAGUACUCAGCACUGAGGUUACUUCAAGAAAAACGAGUAAAAUGAAAAAGCAAACGGGUACCAAAAUUCUCGUACGGAACGUUCCAUUCCAGGCGAAUGCCAAGGAAAUUAGGGACUUAUUCAAAGUUUUUGGUGAGCUGAAAUCGGUCCGUUUGCCACGAAAGAUGGUAUCUAGCGCAGAUGAAAGUCACCGCGGAUUCUGUUUCGUAGACUUCAUUACGGAAAACGACGCCAAGCAAGCGUUCGAGACGCUGUGUCAAAGUACCCAUUUGUACGGCCGUAGGUUGGUGUUGGAGUGGGCAGAAGCCGACGAUGGCGUUGAAGAACUGCGUAAACGAACAGCCGAAAAAUUCGUGGGAACCGGUGGAUCAAGUGAUGCUAAACGUAGUCGCAAAGGUGUUUUUGAUACAUCAGAAAUUGGUGCACUUGACGCUGGUCGCUUGGAGGAUGCAGAUGGUGAAGAUGGGGAUGAGGAUGAAGAUGGUUUCUGAUCUUCAAUAAAGUUUUAAGUAUGUUACUAAA